AUGCGUUUCUCCACCGCUACCCAGGCUUUCGUAUUUGGUCUGUUGGCUGCCCAGCCUGCCUUGACUGAGCAAGUCGAUUUCGAUAAUACAGAUGUAGCUCGCCGAUAUGUCGGCGGCUCCUCGAACGUGGCCCGGUACGUCAACGCAGCUCGCUCCGUCGAUGUCUCCUUGGCAACACGCGGGAAAGGAAAAGGCAACGGUGCCGGAGCCGGUGGCGCCGGAGCUGGCGGAGCAGGCAAUGCUGGAGCAGCAGGUGGUGCUGGAGCCAACAACGCCGCAGGAGGUAAUGCAGCUGGCGGAGCAGGCAAUGCUGGAGCAGCAGGUGGUGCUGCUGGCGACGAUGUAGCAGAUGUGAAUGCCAACAAUAACGCAGCAGACGCUAAUGGAAACUCGAAUGCUGCGAAUGCUGGAAACGCCAACGCUGCGAACGCGAAUGCUGCGGAUGAUGGAAACGCGGAUGCUGCAGAUGCUGCAGAUGCUGGAAAUGCCAACGCGAAUGCUGGAAACGCCAACGCUGCGAACGCGAAUGCUGCAGAUGCUGCAGAUGCUGGAAAUGCCAACGCGAAUGCUGCGGAUGUUGGAAACGCGGAUGCUGCAGAUGCUGGGAAUGCCAACGCGAAUGCUGCGAAUGCUGGAAACGCAAAUGCUGCGGAUGCUGGAAACGCCGCAGAUGCUGGAAACGCGAAUGCUGGAAACGCUGCGGAUGCUGGAAAUGACAAUGCUGGAAACGCUGCGGAUGCUGGAAAUGACAAUGCUGGGAAUGACAAUGCUGGAAAUGCCGCGGAUGCUGCGGAUGCUGGAAAUGCCAACGCGAAUGCUGCGGAUGCUGGAAAUGUCAACGCGGAUGCUGCGAAUGCUGGAAACGCGAAUGCUGCGGAUGCUGGAAACGCCGGGAAUGAUGCGACUGGAAAUGCCAACGCCAAUGGAAACGCGAAUGCUGCUGGAACUGCGAACCAAGCCGCCGGAUGCGCGAUAGUCGACAAUUCGGCGAAUGCUGCCAAUGGCACAGCAACUGCUGGAGACCAGACUGCCGGAGACGCGACCGCUGGAGACUCGACUGCUGGAAACACCGCUGGCGGAGCACAGACGGGCAACACCAAGGCAAACAAGGGCAACAACAACAACUAA